CCGCCGCCGCCGCCGCCGCCGCCGCCGCCGCCGCGGCUGCUGCUCCGGCUGCUGCGGGAGGCGGCGCUGCCAGGCGGCUGGCUCGCUCCAGUCGGCGGGCGCAGCAGCAGCGAGCGAGCGUGUGUGUGUGUGUGUGUGUGUUUUAAAGAUGGCCGGAGCGGCGGCGGCGGUGGCCGCGGGAGCAGCAGCCGGGGCCGCCGCGGCCGCCGUGUCGGUGGCGGCCCCGGGCCGGGCCUCGGCGCCCCCGCCGCCCCCGCCGGUGUACUGUGUGUGCCGCCAGCCGUACGACGUGAGCCGCUUCAUGAUCGAGUGCGACGUGUGCAAGGACUGGUUCCACGGCAGCUGCGUUGGAGUGGAAGAGCACCAUGCUGCGGACAUUGACCUGUACCACUGCCCCAACUGUGCCGCUCUCCACGGCUCCUCCUUGAUGAAAAAGAGGAGGAACUGGCACAGACACGACUACACAGAAACUGACGAUGGUUCCAAACCGGUGCAGGCUGGGACUAGGACCUUCGUGGAGGAACUGCGCUCUCGAGUCUUCCCCAGUGCCGACGAGGUCAUUGUAAAGAUGCACGGCAGCCAGCUGUCACACAGAUACCUGGAGAAGCAUGGAUUCGAGGUCCCUAUUAUGGUCCCCAAGUUAGAUGACCUGGGACUCAGGCUCCCUCCACCCACUUUUUCUGUUUUGGAUGUGGAACAUUAUGUAGGUGGUGACAAAGUGAUAGAUGUCAUUGAUGUGGCAAGGCAGGCAGACAGCAAAAUGACACUUCACAAUUACGUUAAAUACUUCACGAAUCCUAACAGACCAAAAGUGUUAAAUGUGAUCAGCCUUGAAUUUUCAGAUACAAAGAUGUCUGAAUUGGUGGAGGUCCCUGAUAUAGCCAGAAAACUUUCGUGGGUAGAGAAUUACUGGCCAGAUGAUUCAGUCUUUCCCAAGCCAUUUGUUCAGAAAUACUGCUUAAUGGGAGUUCAAGACAGCUACACAGACUUCCACAUCGACUUCGGUGGAACUUCAGUUUGGUACCAUGUUCUCUGGGGUGAGAAGAUUUUUUAUCUGAUAAAGCCAACAGAUGAAAACCUGGCACUCUAUGAAUCCUGGAGUUCAUCUGUGACCCAGAGUGAGGUGUUCUUUGGCGACAAGGUGGAUAAGUGCUACAAGUGUGUGGUAAAGCAGGGACACACCUUAUUUGUCCCUACAGGGUGGAUUCAUGCUGUGCUCACUUCUCAGGACUGUAUGGCUUUUGGGGGGAACUUCCUCCACAACCUUAACAUUGGCAUGCAGCUCAGGUGUUACGAGAUGGAGAAAAGGCUAAAAACACCAGAUCUAUUCAAAUUCCCUUUCUUUGAAGCCAUAUGUUGGUUUGUAGCCAAAAACUUGCUGGAAAUGCUGAAAGAACUGAGAGAAGACGGUUUCCAGCCUCAGACGUACCUAGUGCAGGGAGUGAAAGCACUACACACUGCUUUAAAGUUAUGGAUGAAGAAAGAACUGGUAUCUGAACAUGCCUUUGAAAUUCCAGACAAUGUUAGACCUGGACAUCUCAUUAAAGAACUUUCUAAAGUAAUUCGAGCAAUAGAGGAGGAAAACGGCAAACCAGUAAAAUCUCAGGGAAUUCCUACUGUGUGUCCAGUUUCACGAUCCUCACACGAAGCAACUUCCCCCUACCAUUCUCGACGGAGGAUGAGGAAGCUUCGAGAUCAUCACGUGCGCACUCCUUCCAACCUCGACAUCCUGGAGCUACACACGAGAGAGGUCCUCAGGAGACUAGAGAUGUGUCCGUGGGAGGAGGACAUUUUGAGCUCUAAACUGAAUGGAAAAUUCAACAAGCAUCUCCAGCCGUCUUCCACUGUUCCUGAAUGGAGAGCAAAAGAUAACGACCUCCGGUUACUGCUGACAAAUGGAAGAAUCAUCAAAGAUGAGAGACAGCUCUUCACAGACCACAGUCUUUAUACAGCAGACAGUGAAAAUGAAGACGAGAAGAGAAGGACAAACAAGACAGAGAUGAAGAGAGAGGAGAGCUCAGGAGUGGAGGGAGUGGAGAAUGGAGACUCUCAAAAGCCACCGAACAGUUUUUUUACAAGUGUGAAGUUAGAACUCAGGAAUCGAUCAUCAGAAUAUUCAGAUAUUUCUGAUUCAGAAGACUCUGGACCUGAUUGCACUGCACCGAAAAAUAACUUUACCACUGAAGAGUCUGAAAGUUCGGGCGAUGAAAAGAAACAGGGAGUAACAUCAAACUUUAAGGAGGAGUCUCAUGUGAAGAGGAACUUCUUUCAGAAGAGCCAGAAGCCAUCUAGAAGUGAAACUCCAAUUAAAAGGGAAUGUCCUACCUCGACAAGCACAGAGGAAGAAGCUAUUCAGGGCAUGCUGUGUAUGGCAGGGCUGCACUCUCCCCCGUGUUUACAAAGGCAGGUGCCCAGCACAGAUGACAACACUGACAGACACACCUUCCAGGACCCCGGCAGCUGUCACAGCAGCAACCACGAGGCGAGCCUGCUGUAUCGCUGUGACAGGCCCGUGGAAUGCGGGUACCACGUCAAGUCUGAAGAACAGGAGUUGAGGAGUUCUUCCUGGAUUAAACAGUUUGAUACAACUUCCAGAUUUAACUUUCAGGAUCUAAGCAGAAACCAGAAGUGCAUCAAAAGGGAUGGUCCAGCUGAAACCGGCCAGAAGGUCCAAAGCAGGACUCCCGGGGACAGCAGUGGCUCCGGCCCUCAGAGCGGGAAGCAUCUGCAGAACCCCGGCCUGACUCUGGGGACCUGCCAGCUGAGCAACCGUGCAGGGAGCCCAGAGAGGCCAGCUGGUGACACUUCCUCCUUCUCGGUGCCACUGCACCCCACCAAGAGACCCGCCUCUAACCCGCCACCCAUCAGCAACCAGGCAACAAAAGGUAAACGCCCCAAAAAAGGAAUGGCGACGGCCAAGCAGCGCCUGGGGAAGAUCCUGAAGUUGAACAGAAAUGGCCACGCGCGCUUCUUUGUGUGAUGGCGCAGCCUGCCGGGGGGGCCACCUUCCCAUGGAGCCCAGUCUCGGGGUCGCAGGAGCCCGGAGCUCCUACCGCAACCCCCUACCACCCCACCCCCCCCAGCAGUUUGCAUGUAGAGCAGGGAACGCCGCCCCCCGGAACCGAGGAAGCCGAUGCUGCAUCUUCACUGUGCCACGCCCACUCAGCAAUAACCAGUUUGGACCUGGUGGGGGAGGAAGGAGGGGAGGAGGACCUUCAGAAGGGACCUUGAACUGGCAAGGGUCUCUCGUCAGGGCUUGAAUCUCACUUUGUCGUUGGUAGUGUGUCUCGGUUUGUUUUCAGUAGUAGGGUAAAGAAUUAUCAAUAAUUUAUUUAACAGAUUUUUUUUUAAAGUUAACAGCUUUUAAAUUCUUUUUCCUUUGUAAAGCUAUUUAUUUGGAAGAUUUCUGGAGAAAGAUCUCACUAAUUUAGAUUUAAGAAUGUGAAGGUUUUUAAAUUAUUUUUGAUAGUGUGUGUGUGUGUUACAUGUGGGGAAGAGCUACGGUAACAGUAACUCGUCUGGACUCUUACACUUGCUAUUCAGGUUAAAGUCUUAAACAGGGAUUUGAUGCAUUAAUUAUUUUAAAUUAAGAUGUAUAUGAAAAUCAUUUUAUUUUAUAUAUUUCAUGUGUUUUUUAUAAGCUACUAGCUUCGCUUUUGCUAACAUCCAAGGUGCAUACUGUUAUCCAGGUUGGUGACCUUAUCUCCCACCUUCCCUCUGCAUCAUCCCCCCACCCCCAUCCUUCUGCGCCUACCCGACCAGACUCCUCUCUUUGCAGGGAAAUACUGUCACAGCCACGUGGAGAAACUCCACACUGACCCCACAGCGCUCAUUCCCAUUCCGUGUGACAUUGCCAUUUGCUCCUAAGUAUCAGAAGUAGGCCUAUCUCAUGUUCAUUUCUGCUGAUGAUAUCUCGGUCCCAAAGAGAACAGCUUUAAGAUCUCUUUCCACUCGUGGGAAAGGGAUGAUAAGUUUUGGUUAAAUUGUCAUGUUUGUAGUCUCUCCUCUCUCCCCCUCCUUCGCCCCCCCCCCCCCCGAUGUAUUUUUCCCAAACAUUUGUAAUUACAGAGGGCCUUCUUCAGACUGCUGGUCUGGAAGAGCAGGGCCAUCACCUGCCACAGAGUUUAUCUUUCAUAAUCCCAAAACCUAAUUCGUUGGACUAUAUGAUUUGACUUAGUAUAUUCAAAGUCUGCGUAAUAUAGUAGGGCUAUAUAUCAAGUUGUAUAGAAGCAAGCAUGUCAGAGUAGAUCUUGUGGGCGUGUGCGCAUGUGCGCAUGUGCGCAUGUGCGCAUGUGUGUAGAUUUCGAUUUCUUAACCAUCUGAAGCAUGUUUUAGGUAUGGAGUAAAAUGGGCGCUUCUUGCAGUUUCUUCCGUCUGCUCUAACUUAGUAAGUAUGUAUUGAGGUUAAGUGUAUCGUUGAGCUUUAAUCGUCAAUUUCUUUUAUGUACAUUUUUGACUAAAUGCCAGUUUUCAGUUAUUCAUAAUGUGUAUCUCCCCCCAUCCCCAGCAAAGAAAAAAGUGAUUGCUGGGGCUGGAUAUUGGGAGAACUUCCUAGUUCUGACAAUAGAACAUUUUUCAUAAGUUCCAACCCAGAAGAUAUAGGAAGAUAGGAUAAAAUGUAUUUUUGUGAAGACUAUGACCCUUUCAUGAAUUGUCUUUUUUUUUUUUUUUUUUAACUUAGCAAGGUAGCAAGACUUUCCUUCCUGUAUAACUGUCACUUGAAGAAUAAGGAAAACAGACUUUUAUACCAUCUUUCUUGGUUGCAAUCAAAUGUGUAUUUUCAGAGAGAAAUAUUUCUUACUCUGUCUCCAUUGCAAUAUUUCAUAGGUUAAAUAUUGAUAUAAUUUGUGAAUUGGCCUUUCUGGUCCAAAUGACUAAAGUUUGGAUCUUAUCUGUCAGGAAGAAGACUUAAUGUAAAUACCAAGUAUCUUUGGAUGACUACUGAAGCUUUGUCUACAGUAUGCCAAAGCUAGCAAUAAGAGGGCGAGUCAGUCAGUCAUCACACAAGGUAAAAAAAAAACAAAAAAAAACUAUGUGGAUUUCACCCAUGUUGCCACCUUUCCGACACGAUACUAUGUUUUGGUUUUCUGUAGACAGCAGUUAGUGCUAUAGUACACACAUUUUGGUUUUGGUUUAAGAGAUUAGAGAUUAUCCUCCCCCCAGAUCCAUUACAAUCUGUAUUAUAUUAUUUUCUUCACAUUUCUCACAAUUCUAUGUAUUCUUUAUUACCUGAUUCCCCCCACCUGAUAAAAAAUUAAGAUAACUUAUUUUUAUGAAUUAAAAUCAUGACCUGUAUUCACUCUGUGUACUUUGGCCAGUAAAUACUAAGUUCGCAGUAGUCAGUGUGUAGAACUCAUAAGUGAAGGUGCUAUGGAUUCUCCUUGGGCAACUAUAACCCAGAAACUGGCUGAAAUGGGGGGUGGGUAGAGAGAGAGAGAGAGGCAGAGAGAGAGAGAUAGAGAGAUGGGGAAGAAAAGUAAAGUAAUAUAACCACUGAAACAAAAUACAUGUUAUCUUUUUCUGAUUUGGAAAAAAUCAGCUGCUGAUCCAGUGACUUUCCUGUUCAGACUCCCUGUGAAGUUGCUGUGCAUCUCUUUCAAAGGGAGAACUGCAUGUCAAGGUGGCGGCAGCUAGUGGGUGUCUGGACUCCACCACACCAUGGCAGGCAGCCAUUCUCCUUGCCCUCAUCUCCGUGAUGGUCAGAUAGACAGACGCUACCGUUUAGGAAGGGAGCCAUGGCAGUAUGUGUGUCAGAAGCAAGUACAGAUAUGUAAAUCAGAGUUAUGACCUCAGCUUAGCCAUAGACAGUUACCCAGUACUGACUCAGAAAAGUGGCUUCUGCUAACUGGGACCCAUGGCACUGGAAUUUAUAGCAUGUUAGUAGGCUCUCCAGUAUUGAGUCAUGAUAUAAUCAUGAAAUUGGGGAAGGUUUAGCAUCCUAGAAAUAUAAUGAGCUUUAGAAGCAUCAAUUGAUUUUUUUUUUUUUUUUCUUUGCAGAGCCAGGGCCUCAUGCAUGUGUGAAUCCAUCAUCCCUGGGCCGACUCUUUCAUUCUGAGAGAGCCAAGAUAGACAGACAGGGGAAGACACAGCAGCACUGGAGCUUCCCUUGGUGCCUUAGCAUUCCGUGGUGGUGCCGGGGCUCAACCUGGGCCUUAUGCAUGAGCCAGUGAGCUAUCUUUCAGGCCCUGCAUCAGUUAUUCUCUAUAAAAUUUAAAAUUCUGACUGAAUUUUAGGAAAACAGAGAGCUAACAAGCCCAUCUUUAUUACUAUUUAGUUUGAAUUCUAUAAUCCUAAUUAUUGCCCUUUUUUGAUGAAUUCUACUGUAUUCAUUUGUAGAGAUCAGCAGGUAUUUAUCAGAUGUCUACUAUGUGCUCAGCACUGCUUAGUACUGUGGAGAGUAUGGAGUUAAAGCUGUGCGCCCUGCCCUCGAAGGCACCUCUCACCUCUCGAGGGGAUAAACAGUAUUAUUUUCACUUCUAAGCAAACUUAAGCAAAGGAGGACUUGCUCACUAAAAACAAAUGCAUAGCUCGGUUAGUUUUAACUGAGGCAUACUUUACAACUAUGGGAUAGCAUUUUAAAAGAACAUUUUUUACAAUUAAACAUUUCAAAAGUUAUCACUUAGUGUCUGUAACAGGUGAUAUGCAGAGCCUGGAAGGAAACAGAAGGCCUGGACUGUUGUCCAGAUUCAGCCAUUGAUGGAUCCAUUGUGUGACUUUGACUUAGUUCCUUCUUAGUUUUCGUUAUCUCAUUUAUUUGUAAGUUCGGAUAAAAACACCAUGAAGAUAAACACAAAAAAGCCUUCCGUAGUCUGCUACCACUCCAUACUUCUAGAGACUUCCAUCCUUACUUUGUUACACUUGGUAAUGAGUGCACAUUCAUAUAUAUUUUAAUGAAACCUAUCAGAACACAAACUUUGUUUUGAGAUCAAACAUAUGCCCCGCACAUACUACCAAACAAAAUAGUAAUAAUUUCAAGACUCUGAACAAGGUGCUGAAAUAAAAUAAGAACCAGUGGUAGGCAUGGAAGAAAGUGAAAGAGUUCAGGGACAGUGGUCCGGGAGGUGGCGCAGUGAUAAAGCUUUGGACUCUCAAGCAUGAGGUCCUGAGUUCUAUCCCCAGCAGUACAUGUGCCAGAGUGGUGUCUGGUUCUUUCUCUCUCCUAUCUUUCUCAAAAAUAAAUAAGAUCUUAAAAAAAAAAAGAAGAAGAAGAAUUCAGGGACAAGAGUGAGAGCACUUCAAGGCAGUCAUGUUUAUCUUGAUAGAGAGGCUCGAAGGUGACUUCGUGGCAUUGAAAGACAGCUUCCGGUUUUGCCUCAGAGAGGGAUUAGGACAUGACUGCUCCACAGACUCUGAGUUUCUUGAGAGACCAGAGAAGACAAAAUAAAUCUUGGACCUUAUGUGACUUUGCAAAACUCCCCGGGGGAGUAGGAGGGGAGAGGGUAAGAUGUUGAGGAAGGUGGGAGUCCACAGAGACAGCUCGGGGUCAGUGAACAGCAGCUAAGGGCAGAGCUCUCCACUUUUCUCAAGGGCAGAGACCACCCCGGGGAGCUUGAGGAGUGACCGAGCCACAGCCAGGAGCAGCUCUUGCAGUGUAUCUGCAUUGGAUGGUUUCAUAUCAAAAGAGGUGGGUUCAAUAAUCUCGAGCUGAACAUUUUUUCAAAAUCUGACUUUUUAAAUUUUUUCAGAUGGAGCUAAUUUCCUGCUCUAGGAGGGGAAGCUAAAGCCCGCCCCCCCCUCCUGCCCUUCCCCCCCCCCCCCCCCCCCCGUCAGUUUUGGAUGCCUUAGACGUUCUUUUAAAGCAAUCCCCAGACGCUUGAGUCCCCAGAUUUCUACCUUAGGACUAGUGUCUCCGGUAAACAAAGGAGACAGGUGAAACCCACACACAGAGGGGCAUAGUGGAUCCUAGACCCCGAGACCUUGCUUCCUCCAUCCCCUUUCUCUGUGGGGAGGGGAGGGGCAGUGUGGCUUGCUGACUGGUAACAGACUGGUGACACUGCUGUUGAACGUAAUAUAAUUUGAACACUCUAGCCUUACUAAGAACCUCUUGUUUUAACUUCUCAGUCAAAGUCAUGCCACAAAUCAAAUCAAUGGAUACCCCUUACAUAAACAAGUGUUGGCACUUAAGGUCAUGAAGAAGCAAAUGCCUGUUUCCAAAACAGUUAGGGUAUUGUGAUUGACUGUGACACCCCCCACCGCCAUUUUAUGAUAUAUUUUCCCUCUGAUCAGAUAGGGGGAAGUAUAAUAUUCACCCAUCUGCCUUCUCCCUCUUUGAUUCUCCCUCUCACCUUGGUGCCCCUUCUAGUGUCCUAAAGCUUUGAACAAGUGCAACAUUCAGGAUUUUUGUUAAAAAAAAACAACCGGUUUUGAAAGCUGUAAUCAGUGAUUCUUCCAACAUGCUCAUCCACUCUGCACUCUUUCACAAAUAAACCCUGGCUACCACGUAGCCUUGACCUCCAGGUAGUUUACCUAUGCAAGACCUGUGACAUCUGGGACUCACUCUCCAGGGCUGGAGAAAGCAAUCCUAACUGGAACCCAACCACAAAGAUCAGCCUUGUCUCCACGUGCUUUUAUUGUUACCAUUUUCUUCCCAAAAUGUCAUCUAUUUUACCCCUUCAAGAUCUUCUCACCAAAACAAUGAUCAUAAGUGCUGGAAUAUAUAGUACUUUGCAGGUAUAAAAUAACCCAGAUGUAACUUUUUUACCCCUAAGGUGAAUUUUUGUUGGUAAGAGCUACUAACAACAAGUGUAAUACAUCGAUAGAAUGAGGACUAGGUUCCUUGCCUCGAAUCCUUUCUUGCCUCUGAGUUUCAUAUAUAACCUUUAUACUUUUUACCAAGCAAACACAGGACUUCUGCAUUAUAGUCAGGGACCUGAGGUGUAACUUGCGAAGUGAACCCCAAGGUUAUUUUAUCUUGCAAAAGAAACGUAAACCAAACUAAGGGCCUUACAUUUUAUGGUUAGACUGAAUCAAAAGCGAUAACCUCAAUAUCCCCCCCCACCCCCUAACAGCGUCUGACUGUGAGCACACGUCAGGCAGUUGUUUGCUCUGAAAUAGCACUGAUCCGGGAACACACGUGUCCUCUGGAGAAGACUUUUCUACUUUUAAUAGAAAUUAAGCCAUAACAGUUUCAUGCUGUGGAAAGAGGGUGCAAAGGUUCAUUUUAAGAGAUUAUAUGAUAGGGUUUUUCACACUUGCUGUGAAAAGUCUCACUUGGCCAGUGCUUCAGCAUAUUUUUCUUUGGGGGUGGGGGUGGGGGCAGGGAUGUAGAGGGUGGUGACGGGGGUGUAGGCUUGGUCUUAGGGGUUUUACAGCUGUGAAAUUUGAAAAGGGGACAGUUGUCGGCAAGGGUAUUUACUAGUUUUGUAGGAAUGUUUUGCUAGUCUAUGAUUUUCCUGAACUGAUUUGUACGCCCAUGGUUCCAGGUGACUUCUAUCUCUUCCUGUCUGGGGUGUUUGCAGAGUAGUAUGUGUUUGUGUGUGAGAGCAUGUGUGAGAGUGUGUAUGUGUGUGUGUGUGUGUGUGUGUGUGUGUGUGUGUGUGUGUGUGUACACGUGUGUGUCCUUUGCAGAAGCACACUAUGUGACAGCAGAGUGGGGUGUGGCUGGGAGGCGGGAGGCCGAAGCUUUAAGAGCAUUGUUUUCGAUUCAUAACAGUAUUUCCCAUCUUUUGCCUGCAGGCAGGGAAAGUGUACAGUAUUUAUUUUGUUUCUGUUGCAAAUGUGUAAGUCUUUAAGUAGCUUACAUUGGUUAUUAUAGGGGAAGACAAGUGACUUGUUUAAAGUUGUAUUUAGUAUUCUUUUCUGAUUUCUGUAUUUUAAAAAUAUUGAGAUUAAAAGUGUAUUACUUUAGUUCUGAUUUAUUUUUUAGCAUUUGGUGUAAUUUUUGCUCAUUUUUGUUUGAAAGUAUAAAUGUUGAGAAUUGUAUAAAAAUGUGUCUUUGGAAGAAAAAAAAUCUGAAUUCUAUACCCA